AAACAAUUACGAGAGACGCUACGCGUAACACGUAACCGUGGGCGUGACCGGCGGGGAGGAGAGGUCGCUUUCACGUAGUAUACCAAUUGGUUCGCGGCCCCGCAGGAUUCCAAAGACGAAGAAAAUUCAGACGCGACCUUCGUCCUUCCUUGAAAGACGGCGAACGCGUCUGCGAGCAGGCCGUUCACUCGCAAGCACAGACGGGAAACGGAUCCUUUCAGAACGUUACCAGCCGCCGUCAUGACCACACAGUGGCGUAAGACACACCUAUGGGCAAGUGCCCUUUUCCUCGCAAUCGUCUUAACAUGCAGGGAAACCACGGCGAAAAGUUGGACAGCUUCUUGGUCUUGGCCAGAGGAACUACCCCAAGAUAUCUACGACAACCGCCUCAGCGACGAGGCGAUCGUUGACAUGCUGUAUACCAGGCCGAGCAGGUCUCCGCCGGAUCACCCCACCUUUCAGGAAAGGCUCAACUACCGUAAAGAGCUCGACAACUACGAAAACACCCUCAACGACUACGGACCGAAGAGCCAGGAGUACAGGGACUACAGGGACUACAGUGAGUACAACGACUACGAGGACUUCGACCCUAAGAGGACCAAAGCGCUAAGCACAACCUACAUGACUGUCUCCCAAAACGCCAACGGUCCUCGAGUCACAUCAUACGCGCACAGGAUCAUACAUAAACAAUAAUAUUUCGUUCAUGUUUUGUUUUAAACAAUUAGCAGGGUAUUGACAUCGAUUUUACACUAAGAAAAGUGCGAUUCAAAAAUUGUUUAAAUUAUCAAGAAUUGGUAAAAAAACUACGUCAAUAAUCGCAGUUUAUUUAUUCUGGUAAGUCUAAAGAGCCUAAUAAAUUUAAAUGAUGAAGAAUAAAAAUUUUUAAUUGUAUACAAAUUUAAGUUUAUACAAUUUAAAAUAUUUUUGGCAAAAUUAUCAAAUCGGAUUCAGUUAUUUUGAUGAUAAUUAUGGCUAUUCAGUACUCUGUUAGUUAUACCUUAAAAUUAAACAAACAACGAAAAUGAACAAAACGUUUUCCAUUUUUUCAUAU